AAUCCAACAAGAGAUGAAAAAGACUAGAGUUUUGGUGGUGAAGGGGGUAGGUUUCCGUAAGUGGGGAGGGAUGGUCAGUCAGUUGCCAGCGAUGCUGUCGGUGAUUCAACUUGUACUUAUCGCAGGUCUAAGUCAUGCUUGGAAGUACUCUCCUACUGACAAGCCUGAAGGGUGGCCAGGAUUAUGUAUUGAUGGCACCAGACAGUCGCCUAUAGCCUUAGUCGCAGAAACAGCUGAGCGCUUUGUGGUUGAGCCUCUAGAGUUUUUCAACUUCAAAAGCCUUAAUGGGACCCUAGAAAACAACGGUCAUACCAUUGCCAUUCAUUUUGAUGAGGACCAUUGUGACUCAGGGGUGACUGGAGGAAUGUUUCGAGGACUUUACGUCCUACAUGAAAUGAACUUCCAUUGGGACUCGGAACACACUGUAAAUGGAGACAGGUUCCCUCUGGAGUUACAUCUCGUCCAUUACAACAGCAAGUACUCGAGUUUCAGUGAGGCAAUAUACUAUCAUCCACAAGACGCCCUAGCUGUUGUUGGGGUUUUGUUUGAGGAGUCAGAGAACGGAACAGAGGCAUUGGAUCCAUUUCUAGAAGUAGUGAAAGGAAUAGCUGGCCGAACUGGGUUGAAAGACCGUCUCCCUUCUCACUUCAACCCUUUAGACUUCCUGCCAGAGGUCAGGAGCAGCUUUUACAGGUAUUCUGGGUCACUAACAACCCCACCUUGCGAUGAGAUUGUCACCUGGACCAUCAUGGAGACCAAAGUGCCCGUGUCUAAAGAACAGAUGGAGAUUUUCAAGCUAGUCCACAUUCCUGGACAUGACAAUAACUCAAUGGACUUCAACUAUCGCAGACUUCAAGACCUCAACAAGCGAGAUGUCUACCUUCUGUCAGACAAUGGAGCUGCUUCUAUAUCCUGUGCACUGAGCCUGAUAUUGUUCUUUGUGUGUGUGUGGUGUUUGUGUUGGGUGUGGUGUGUGUGUGGUAGUGCUUUUUUUCUGUGGUGUUGCUGUGUGUGUGUUCUGUUUGUGUGUUUAAAUUGUGUGUGUCUGGGUGUCUGUGUCUUCUGUGUGUAGUGUGUGUGAUCGUGUGCUGUGUGGCUCAGAUGAAGACGCAAACAUGUUGUUAUAAAAAACAAUCAAGUAGCAAAAGCCCCAUAUUCUGUAGGCAUUCAAAGGUUCAUUACUAUUUCAGUGUGUUGUGAACUAUAAAUUUUCAAUCCGUUUGUUUGAU